AUGGCUGAGGAAAAGCCCAAGGAAGAAGUCCUGACUGAGAACAACAACCAUAUCCAUUUGAAGGUGGCGGGGCAGGAUGGUUCUAUGGUGUACUUUAAGAUUAAGAGGCAUACGCUACUCAGUAAGCUGAUGAAAGCCUACUGUGAACGACAGGGUCUGCCGGUGACACAGGUCAGGUUCCGCUUCGACGGGCACCCGAUCAAGGAAACAGACACGCCAGCACUGCUGGACAUGCAGGACGAAGAUAUAAUCGACGUGUUCCAGCAGCAGACAGGAGGCAUCCACUGAAACGGGAGCUCGCUGCUUUACUCCAGGACUCUGUUCCUCCCAACCAAGAAGACGUUCUCAGCUGGCAAACCCCAAUUCGGUCCCACCACACCCUGA